AUGUUAACCUCCGCCAGACUUGCAGUUGUAGCACUCUUCGCAACCACCGUUCUCGCUGGAAAGCGAGGCCUAUGCUGGACUUUCUGUGACGAUCCCGGCGUAUUCAACAACGGAGAUGGAGAAGUUGUCGCAAUCUACGAUUAUGAAACAUACGCUCCAGUCUCUACCAAUGGAAACGGUGGCCUCGGAUUCAUCGGCAUGCAGCGCUGCACCGACUGCUCAUCCAGUCCUAUCGCAGACCUGGCGUCACGUCAAGCAUCACAAGGCUGGGCUACCGUCUUUACACUGAACGAACCCGAUAUCAAUGGCAUUACCCCGAGCCAGGCCGCUUCUUGGUACAUCCAAUACAUCAACCCAUUGGCGAUCAAGAAGGCUCUCCCUGCUGUUACCUCCAGCGUAACGUCUGGAGAGGGUCUUAGUUGGGUCUCUCAAAUGAUCAGCGCUUGUGCAGGACAGUGCUACUUUGACUACAUUAACUUGCACUGGUAUGGAACAACAUUUGCAGAAUUUCAGAGCUACGUAGAAUCAGCUCAUAGUCAAUUCCCCAAUUAUCAACUCGUCAUCACAGAGUUUGCUCUUCAGAACCCUGCAGGUGGUCAAGCUGCUCAGGUGUCCUUCUUCCAACAGGCGUUCCCUUUCCUUGACGGCGCAUCAUACGUCCAGCUUUACUUUCCCUUCGUCGCAACUUCGCCCGCGCUCUUGCAAGCGAACGGCGGUUCUGCCAGCACAAUUGUCGGAACCGGGUCGUGCCUCUACAACAACGACGGGACUUCGUCCGCAGUUGGAAACCUCAUGUACUAG